AUGAGUAAACAGCUAAACGAUAUGAAAUGGGAGUCGGUAGCUUUAGAAGGCUUUCCGGUAUCAAUGACAGAUAAGUUUCAAGGCUUUGUGGGUUUGGAAGAGUGUACAGAUUAUAGUCUUAAUAAAGAAGGCAAGCGGUCUAAAAAGAAUAAACUAAAAGAAUUUAAAGAAAAAAUAAAAGCAAGAAAAGAAAAGAAGAAGAAAAGAAAAGCAUCUGAAGCAUCUGAAACCCAGAGAGAAGUUCCAAGUAAAAGAGUUAAGCUAAGCAAUGGUUUUGUUGUUGAAUCAUGUACUACUGUUACUCCAUCUCUUACAAAUGAUCAAACUACAAAUAACCUAGUAAAGAGUAAUCAAAAUAAAGAAAAUGUAAAAUCUAGAAAAAACAAAAAAUCAAAUAAUAAAAAGAUCAAACAAGAAGAAAACAGCCCAACAAAUGGGGAAGUAAAGAAAAAUAAAAUAAAACUCGGUGAUCUGCCGCAAUCCAGCUCGGAUUUGACACCAGAAGAUAUGUUAACAUGGGCCGAGUUUAAGUUGCAGGAGCCGAUUAUAAAAGCUCUAACAGAAUUGGGCUUUAAACAACCUACAAAGAUACAGCAACUAACUUUACCGGCUGCCAUACAUGGCCGUCGCGACAUUCUAGGAGCAGCAGAAACUGGCAGUGGUAAAACUUUAGCAUUCGGACUUCCAAUUCUCUCUGGUAUACUAAAACUGAAAGAAAAAGCUGAACUCAAAGGCCUUGAUGUCUAUGACAUUCCAUAUAAAAAAGGCUCAGCUAAAAAGAAAGAAAUUGAGAUCAAAAAUGACGAUAAAAGAAAUAAAAAAGAACAGAAACAUAAAAAUAUUAAUAAGAAUAAGAUAGUAGAGAAACCUAAAGAAUCGUCUGAAGAUGGUUAUAGUAGUGGAGAAGAAAGCAAUAAAGAAAAUGAGAAUGAGCCACAAUCACAAGAAAAGGAGUAUAGUGAUGAUGAUUAUUUAGAAGAAAUUGAAGUUCCUGUUACAAAAAAAGAUACAUCAGCGGAUGAAGGCAAUGACAGUGAUGACGAAAAUUAUAUACAUCUAUCUGAUAUGUUAGAUUCUGAUGAUUUGGUUGAAACAAGUGAUGAUGACAAUGAUGGUGAAAGUAAAGUAGAAGGCAGUGAUGAAGAAAGUGUAAUUGAUGAAGAACUCGAUGAACGCGAAAGUGAUGAUGAAGAGGCUAGUGAAAAUGAAGAAGGUGAUCUGGAAAAUGGCGAAGAUGAAGGAGAUGAAAAUGAACAAGGUAUUGGCUGUGUGAAAGUAAUGGACAACAUUGAGAUACCAGGCCAUGUAUCUGUUAAGACUGGAAAACCGUUAUAUGCACUCAUCAUGACCCCCACCAGAGAACUUGCCAUACAGAUCAGCAGGCAUUUGAUAGCUGUCGCUAAAUAUACAGGUAUACGAAUAGCAACUAUAGUGGGUGGUAUGGCUGCAGUCAAACAAGAGAGACUGCUUCGAUCUGGCCCUGAGAUUGUCGUAGCAACACCUGGGCGAUUGUGGGAGCUCAUUGGUCAAGGUCAACCACAUCUGCAGCAACUAGACACAGUCAAGUUUUUAGCAAUAGACGAGACUGAUCGUAUGGUCGAACGAGGUCACUUCGAAGAGCUCUAUCCUCUGCUUGAACGGCUGAACGCGGAUGAUGCCAAAAGAGCUGCACGACAGAACUUUGUGUUUUCGGCGACGUUGACCAUGGUGCAUGACCUCCCUAGCCACAUGAAGGGUAAGAAGGUAACGAAACGUGGUAAAAUAAUUAACCGUAAGAUCGAGAAGAUGACCCCUCAACAGAAGGUGAACAAACUAAUCAACAUGAUUGGUAUGACGGAACCCAAAGUCGUUGAUAUCACCACCCAAAAUUUAGGUACAGCAGAAACGUUAACGGAAUCACGUAUCGCGUGCGCUUUAGAGCACAAAGAUGCCUAUCUCUACUACAUCCUAAAGAGACAUCCCGGCAGAACUAUUGUGUUCUGCAACUCUAUAAGCAGUGUCAGAAGAUUAGCGCAGCUACUGACUCUUCUAAAAUGCCGUCCUUUACCGUUACACGCCAGUAUGCCACAGAGACAACGACUGAAGAAUCUAGAAAGGUUCCGCGACGACCUACACGGGGUCCUGAUAGCAACUGAUGUCGCCGCUCGUGGUUUAGACAUCCCCCACGUGGAGCACGUCAUACAUUACCAGGUACCGCGGACGGGAGAGAACUAUGUACACCGCAGUGGACGGACAGCACGAGCUACCAGGGAGGGGCUCACUAUUCUCAUGAUGGAACCCACUGAGGCUUAUCUCUAUGCGAAGCUGUGUAGGACUCUUAAUAAAACUGCGGAACUGCCAACGUUCCCAGUGGACCCCCAGAUAUUGUCUCCUCUAAAAGACUUAGUUAGCAUCGCUCGUGAACUCGAAGGGUUAGAGCUGAAGAAGCGACGAACCGCUCAGGCGGUCGGAUGGAGGGAACGAGCCGCCAGAGAAAUGGACAUUAUCAUCGACGAUGACGAUGUUCCUGUAACCCAAGUAGACACGUCUAUAGAGAAGGCGCUGAAGGCAAAGAGACGACAGCUGGACACGCUGUUGUCACGCCCCGUCUAUCCGAGAGGGUUCUCCUUCAAAUACCCCACGCUCAACGAUCCAAAUGCUCUCGCUAACACGGAAGAAAACGCGUUACAGGUAAUGAAGAAGGCAAUGGAAUCAGGUGAAUUGAAAAAAGAAAAAAGGAAAAGUAAGAACGCCUCGCUAUUACAAUUACAAAAGAAAUUUAUGAAAAAAUAA